CUCACUACUCGCCCAGCGCGGCAGCCGCGCAGCACAGCACUCCGCGCCCCUCCGCCCUUGCCUCGCCGGCCGCGUCCUGGACUCCCAUGUCCCAGCCCGGUCAGCCGCGCGCCCCGCAUGGCCUAGGACGCCCGCCGUGCUCGAGUACCCCGGCCGCCGCUGAGUAGCGCCGACGCCGAGAGGGUAAGGAGCCCGCAAUCCGAAUGCAACUAAACAUCGCGCUGUUCCUCCGCCACGUCUCCUUCCCUCCGGACCCGCACCUCCUCCCCACCGCGCUCAAGUCAUGCCCGGCGCUGCGGCUCGCCCGCGCGCUCCACGCCGCCGCCGUGGCCGCGGGCGUCGCGCAGGACCCGUUCGUCUCCUCCUCGCUCCUCCACACCUACCUCCGCUUCGGCGCCACCGCCGACGCCCGCUCCGUGUUCGACGGAAUGCCGCAGAAGACCGUCGUCGGCUGGAGCGCGCUCGUCGCGGCGCACGCGGCGCGCGGGGACGCCGAGGGCACGUGGCGUCUCGUCGACGAGAUGAGGCGGGGGACCGCUGGCGGCGGCGCGGAGCCGAACGUCAUCACCUGGAACGGGCUUGUGUCCGGGUUCAACCGGAGCGGGCGCGCGCGCGACGCGGUUCUGGCGCUGGCGCGGAUGCACGGAGAAGGGAUCCUGCGGCCCGACUCCACGGGCGUUUCGUGCGCGCUCUCCGCCAUCGGGGACCUGGGAACAGAGGCCAUUGCUGUCGGCGAGCAGCUGCAUGGGUACGCGGUGAAGGCGGGGUGCAGGUUGGAUGCCUGCGUGGUCACCGCGCUCAUCGACAUGUACGGCAAGUGCGGACGUGCUGAUGAGAUUGUUCGGGUGUUCGAUGAGUCCUGCCAUAUGGAUGUUGCUUCCUGCAACGCUCUCGUCGCUGGGCUAUCUCGAAACUCGCAGGUCUCAGAGGCACUAAGGUUGUUCAGGGAGUUUGUUGCCCGAGGAGUAGAGCUGAAUGUGGUGUCCUGGACAUCGAUUGUUGCUUGCUGUGCGCAGAAUGGGAGGGAUUUGGAGGCUGUGGACCUUUUCAGGGAGAUGCAGGCACAAGGGAUUGAGCCGAACUCUGUCACCAUACCUUGCGUGCUGCCAGCGUUUGCCAAUGUUGCAGCUCUGAUGCAUGGGCGUUCAGCACACUGUUUUGUUCUUAGGAAGGGCUUUUUUCAUGACAUUUAUGUGGGAAGUGCUUUGGUGGACAUGUAUGCAAAGUGUGGCAGGGUCAGAGAUGGGAGGAAAAUCUUUGAUGCAAUGCCAUCCAGGAAUGUGGUGUCAUGGAAUGCAAUGAUUGGUGGCUAUGCUAUGCAUGGGGAAGCUGCAAGCGCUGUUCAGUUGUUUCAGUCCAUGCUGAAAUGCAAACAGAAGCCUGACAUGGUCACCUUCACCUGUGUUCUUGCUGCCUGCAGCCAAGCUGGCCUGACAGAGGAGGGGCGCCACUACUUUAAUGAAAUGCAGAAAGAGCAUGGCAUUUCCCCUAGGAUGGAGCAUUAUGCAUGUAUGGCUACUCUUCUAGGGCGGGCGGGAAAGCUUGAUGAGGCAUAUGAUCUCAUAAGUGAGAUGCCAUUUGAGCCAGAUGGUUGCAUCUGGGGCUCAUUAUUGGGCUCCUGCCGCGUUUAUGGGAAUGUGGAUCUGGCCGAGGUUGCAGCGGAAAAGCUCUUCUGUCUAGAGCCACAAAAUGCUGGUAAUUAUGUCCUGCUUUCCAACAUUUAUGCUUCUAAGAAAAUGUGGGAGGGGGUUAAUAGGGUGAGAGAGAUGAUGAGGGAUGUGGGCUUGAAGAAGGAAAAGGGUUGUAGCUGGAUAGAGAUCAAGAACAAAGUGCACAUGCUGUUAGCCGGUGACGACUCACACCCUAUGAUGGCUGCAAUAACUGAGAAGCUAAAGCAGCUUAAUAUUGAAAUGAGGAGUCUGGGCUUUGUGCCAAGCACAGAUUUUGUCCUACAUGAUGUGGAGGAGCAAGAAAAAGAUGAUAUUCUUGCUGUCCACAGUGAGAAGCUAGCUGUUGCACUGGGUCUCAUAAGCACGAGCCCAGGAACACCCCUUCGGGUGAUCAAGAACCUCCGAAUUUGCGAUGACUGCCAUGAAGCAAUGAAGUUUAUAUCAAGUUUUGAGGGGAGGGAAUUAUCUAUUAGAGAUACCAACAGGUUCCAUCACUUUAGGGAUGGAAAGUGUUCCUGUGGAGACUAUUGGUGAUCUUUGUUGUGCUUCCCUGCAAUACAAUAUGCAUAACAACCUGAGGAUGAUGGCUAUGAGAGCAGAGCAUGCAUAUCAACAAGGUAAUUGUUUAACAAAUGUACUACAACUUUCAUAUGAAAGGAAGAAACUAAUACAAUAUCAUGACUAAUGCAUUUUAGAAUUUAGAAUUUAUCUAUCUCACAUCUUGAUCCUAACCAGGCAAUUGUGUAGUGUCUUGAGCUGACAAUUUUAGAAUUUAUCUAUCUCACAUCUUGAUCCUAACCAAUCUUAGUUUUGCUAUGUUGUUCUGUAUUCAUGGAACUACGCACAUACAGUGCCUGAGUUCUUUAGUUAACAGUUUGUGUAAAAAACUGAAUUUCAAAAUACAUUAUGUAAAGCUUAAACUUGGAAUAUCAUAACCAAAAAUCACUAUUA